AUGAGAAAAAACGCAACUUCUCAUGGAGGUAAUUCAACAAAGAACGAAACUUUAUCCCGUGGUAAUAAGAGCAUGGCUACUAACACUUCGAAAACUAAAACUGUGAGAGGUGUUAUAAAUAAGGAUAACACUAAUACUAGCGUGGCAAAGUCAACAAAAGUAACGAAAGAGAAAGGGGGAACAAAAUUAUCUAAAGAAGGAAGGGAUGAUUUUGUCACCCAAGAUCCACAAGCCAUCGAUAUGAUGGAUGCUGCCGAAUCAGGAUCUAUUUCACCCAAAAGAGAGGAUGAUACUACCAAAUUAUCAUGGGAAUGUAAAGAAAAGAAUAAAAUUCCAUUGGUCGCUGCUUCAACAAGCAAGCGUUGUAUAGCGGUGAACUUGUCACAUUAUGUCUUAAAAAGGUUGAUUGCAGCUCAGUGUGAUGGAUCAAGUAUGAAAAUUAAAGUUGCAAAGGAUAUUAAAGAUAUUGAAAUUACACUUAAUGGAAAAGAUAAGUUUAAAUUUGAAAAAACACCCGUGGAAAAAUUAUCAAAAAUUCUUUUGUUGAGCAGAAAUCAGAUGGAGGUAGUCGGGGAUAUCAAAUACCAAGUUACAAGUACAAAAGAAUCGAAUCGCAAAGCAAAAAUGGAUCUAGCGACUAAAAGGCUGAAUACUGCUUAUAAAGAGGAAAAGAUAAAAAAGGAAAAAAGAAG